AUGUCCAACAGCAGCUCCAUCACUGAGUUCCUCCUCCUGCCAUUCGCAGACACACGGGAGCUGCAGCUCCUGCACUUCGGGCUCUUCCUGGGCAUCUACCUGGUUGCCAUCCUGGGCAACGGCCUCAUCCUCACCGCCGUAGCCUGUGACCACCGCCUCCACACCCCCAUGUACUUCUUCCUCCUCAACCUCGCCCUCCUCGACCUGGGCUGCAUCUCCACCACUGCCCCCAAAGCCAUGGCCAAUUCCCUCUGGGACACCAGGGCCAUUUCCUACUCGGGGUGUGCUGCCCAGGUCUUUUUGUUCCUCUUCUUGUUUUCAGCAGAGUAUUCUCUUCUCACCAUCAUGUCCUAUGAUCGCUAUGUAGCCAUCUGCAAGCCCCUGCACUAUGGGAUCCUCCUGGGCAGCAGAGCUUGUGCCCAGAUGGCAGCAGCUGCCUGGGGCAGUGGGGUUCUCACUGCUCUGCUGCACACUGCCAAUACAUUUUCCCUGCCCCUCUACCAAGGCAAUGCUCUGGACCAGUUCUUCUGUGAAGUUCCCCAGAUCCUCAAGCUCUCCUGCUCACACUCCUACCUCAGGAAUGUUUGGGUACUUAUGAUUGGUGUCUGUUUAGCAUCCAUGUGUUUUGUUUUCAUUGUGGUGUCCUAUGUGCAGAUCCUCAGGGCUGUACUGAGGAUGCCCUCUGAGCAGGGCCGGCACAAAGCCUUUUCCACGUGCCUCCCUCACCUGGCUGUGGUCUCCCUGUUUGUCAUCACUGGACUUUUUGCCUACAUGAAGCCCUCCUCAGUCUCCUCCCCAGCAGGGGACCUGGUGGUGGCAGUUCUGUACUCGGUGAUGCCUCCAGUAUUGAACCCCUUCAUCUACAGCAUGAGGAACCAGGAGCUCAAGGGUGCUGUUAGGAAAAUGAUUACAGGGAUGUUCCUGAAAAGUGACAAAUUCUCCCCCUUUCUCCACAAAUGA